AUGUGUCAUGUGGGGAUUGGAAACAUGCUAGCUCUGGUCCAGGGCGUUAUGUGUGGCUUGAGCCUCGACCUCAAUGCCCUGCAUAUUUCGAUUAAUAUAAUUGAUAUCAAAUCAAACGAUUUAUCAUUAGCGAAUUAAUUUAAUUUGCUUGUGAUAGCUCCUGUUUAGCUGUAAUCAGCACAUUUUUGACCACCGUUUACUUGGCGAUACUUUCCUCAUUCUCGAUUCGGAAUGCACCGGUGUCUUAUAAACCUCUGUGGCCAGUUGCAGGUGGAACUCCAAAAACCAGAGAAUAUUCUGAAAAAUAUUUCAUCCACUUUUUGCACCACAUGAGGAGGUUCCUCGCCACCUUAGCUGCCGGAGAUCUGGCAUUUGCCAUCUGCACGAACUGGUCAUUUCUAACACCUCGAUCACACCGACAGUUUGUUUGCGUAAAAUGGUUCUCAACCUCAUCUGGAUAUGUAUGCAAGAAAAGUUCAACACACCUUCUGCUAUCAUUUCUGUCAAGCCGUCUACACAUACGUUCAAUUUAUCCAACGUUUGCACCACACAGAACGCAUUGCAACUACCGCUGCAAGGCAAACGCGGCGUUCCAUUGCAUUUUAAUAUACUUCUGAUGUACCAAAACGCAAAUUCUCUGUAGGUUUGAUCGAGGUGCGCCACGGUCACAUGCAGAAGAAGACUACAGCACAGAGCUACCGAAAACAAAACAAACAUUUACACAUGUACACGAUGCCAUUUCUCACUCUGUACAAAACGUGGAUUUCAUAUCUUUCUGAAUAUUUCCUCAUUAUCGGAGUUCCACCUGUAACUGGACGUAGAGGUUUAUAAGACACCGGCCCCUUCCGAAUUCGAGAACAAAGAAAGUGUCGCCAAGUAAAGGUUAGUCAAAAAUAUCUUGAUUACAGUUAGUAAACAGCAUAUUAGAUAUGCAGCUGAGGUUCAAGUUUACAUGGCUACCCUCCAUAGAGGAAAUGUGUAACAUUUUGUUUACUGACUGGCUUUAAUAUACUUUUGUUAAUCGCAAACAUAAAAGUGUUGCAGUAGUGCUGACAAACUUUUUUCUGUAUGAGCAAGCUGUCAUUUGUCCAAAAUACGAAAUAAACUACUUUCGAGCACCUUGGUUGCGGUCAGACUAGCUCUCGUCCAUGCGCAUGCGUCGAAUGUGCAUGCAGCUCGUAGUGAAUAUCCGACGCAUGCCCGUGGUCCAGAGCUAGUCAGACGGGCAUGCUCGCGCAUUGCAUAUAAUUUCGUCAGAACUUGAACAUAUUUUAUUUUGGUGAGUAACGUAAGUAUAUUGAUGGAAGUGACUAAACAAAUUGAAAAGAUGCAGGGUGUUAAAGCAGACUCAAGCCACACGAAACGCCAUGGAGCAGAGCUAGAAACACGAUAGGUGCAAGGGUAGCUAGCUAGCUAGCCAUGAUAGCCAGGACUUGCAGUGCUGCUAGGUGGUUAGCUAGUCUGAAUAACGAAAAUAUUUAAAAGUUAAACCCUUUCCAAAAUGUAUGGAACUUAGCUAAAUUAUUAUUUUUUCUUCAUUCAAACAAGAUGAACAAAUAAAAAAAUGGCUACAAAAAUACAAUUCUCUAUUUAACACAUAGGUCUGCAAAUUAUCAAGGAGCCAAUGUUAUAAUUCAAUGUUAUUACAUGGGUCUUUACAAACCCUUUUCACCCACAACAAAUAGUUGGGUAUGCCUGCUGUCUGGUUGGCACAUAGGCCCUAGUUAUAUUUAGCUUGUGUUUUGCAAGCUGACCUGACCUAAUUUCUCCAUUGGUAGCCAACAGAGAACCAGAGAAAGGUCGCACCAGAGAAAGUAAGACGAGGGGAGGACCGUGGCUGUUGUGACAUGGCCAGGAGAAAUCAAGAGCUGGUGCCGUAUACUUUAAGAGCAACACCUUCUCCUGUGUUAUGCCCCGAUAACGACAGUGCCGACGAGGAGGCUGAGAUAAAUGUGAUGAUACCUGACACAGUUCUUCACGUAGAGACAGAAUCCUUCUUUGUGAACCGUCAACAGCUGGCUCUUCAGAGCCCCUAUUUCCGUGCACUUUUCUAUGGCGGUGGCAGAGAGAGUGGCAAGCGCCACGUUGAGAUCAAAGGUGUGGGUGUGGACCAGUUUCGUGUCCUGAUGGAAUACACCAAGACAUCCAAGCUGUCUCUCAGCAGAGAGAAUGUCCUGAGGAUCCUAGAGACAGCAGACUUCCUCCAGCUGGAGAGACCCAGGCUCCUAUGCUGCAAGUUCCUGGAGAGAGAGCUGCAUCUGAGCAACUGCUUGGGCAUGAUGGCCUACGCUUGGCAGCUGGGAUGCCGGGAGCUCUACACAGCAGCACGUGAGGUGGCUCUAACCCACUUACCUGCUAUCGCCACAGAGGAGGACUUCAUGUACCUGUCCAAGGAGAGUGUGGCAGACCUCCUUGCCAGUGAUAAACUGUUUGUACCCAGGGAGGAUCAAGCCUUGGAGAUGACCUUACGCUGGGCAACCUUUGACCCCAGUCGGGAGGAGGACUUCAUGGAGUUGGUGGAACUGGUGCAACCAGAGAGCCUGUCUCUGCCCUACAUCACUGAUCUGCUCACCAGGCUCAAAGGGUCCGACCCACGAGCCAAACUCAUCUGUAAACUGAAUGACAAUUUUCCUACUAGCUGGUCUAUGGGCAGGUCCGUACCUCGGACUCGGGCCAGAGAGACACUGUACAUACUCGGAGGGCCCCAUGACCAGGACAAACAGUCUCUCUACCAGUUUUACCCCCACAGUGGGAGAUGGCAGUCCCAUGCACCACUUCAGAGGAAGAAUCUCACCCAGUACUCUGUGGCAGCAGUAGGUAACGAUUUGACAAUUUGACUCCCUUUCUGAAGUUAAACACCCUUUCUUAUUCUGAGUAAAUUAAGUCAGCUAAAGUGAUGCAUGAACUUACUAUCAACAUGCUAUCGGGAGGAUGUAUACUUGAAUAAGCCAUAGGAGUCAUAAUUCAAGUCAUUUAUGUCAAUCUCUUGUUUCUUACUCUCCCAGAAGAAAACAUUGUAGUCACCGGAGGUAACUUCCGUGAUGAGAUCUUUUGGUACAGCGUGGACUGGGUGCGGAUGUUCCAGUGUGGGAAUGAGCGUUGGGUGGAUGGCCCUCCGCUGCAGAAGUCCAGGCACAGCCACUGCUCUGUGGGCCUGGGGCAGGAGCUGUAUGUCCUGGGGGGCAGCAUGGACGAGGGGCCUGUGGCCCACGUGGAGAAGCUGCUGCUGGGAGCACAGGGCUGGGAGGAGGUCAGCCCCAUGGUGCGGGCUGUGGAUAGGGCUGCCACAGUCACUCUGGGUGGGUGUAUCUAUGUCGCCUGUGGACUGGAUGAGAAUGGGGAGGUGUACAGCGGCAUUCAGAGGUACCUGGUGAAGGAGGACCAAUGGGACGUGGUCACCUACUCCCCUCUGCCCAGGUAAGUGAACUCAGAGCUUGCACUAGUUCUGCUAGGUUGAAAGUCAUGGAACUAGCUAGGUUGCAUCAACAGACGUUUGUCUGGGGCAGGUUCCUUAUAAAAAUAGAUAUUUAUGUCCCGUAGGUAUGACCUUCUUGCAACAGUGCUCAACGGAGCCCUCUAUCUCCUGGGAGGUCAGGCAUUGCGGCUAGAUGUGGAGACAGAUGAAUGGACAGUUCUAGAAGAAGAAUGUCUGGACAGAAAGUUCUUUGGUGGCUGCACCACAGUCAAUGGGCAGAUCUACCUGCUGAGCGAGCGAAAGAUGAACAAAGCAUUCCCAAACAUGGUACUGAUGGAUCCUUACAUCGACACCUGCAUGGAAAUAGACAAUGCCAUACCCUGUCCUGUGCCUCUCCGUGGCUGUAUCACCAUGCGCAUAGUCACAUGACACUAGUGAGUUACCAGUAAACAUUUAGCAGUUCACAUCCUUCUCACCAACUCCCUCACCCCAAAAUAAGAGAUAUUGUAUUGAAAUGGUCAGACACUUAUCAGCUAUUGAUUUAGCUUUUGAAUGAAAAGGUACAAACACAUUUAUCAAUAGUUUGAUAAAAGUUAUUUAUUGAUUGUGUUGAACUGGCCACAGAGUGAACAAACUUAUGAGGUGUGUGCAUUCAGAACAAGACUAGUCGUGUUAUUGCCAUUUCUAUUGUUGCACUAGAAU